AUGGCUUCCGGUGCUCUACCGUCCCUCCCGGUAUUGACUUUCAGGAAGAAUCUGACAGUCAAUGACAUGGCGAAGGACCCAUCCAAGGAUGAGGAGACAUCCAUCAAGGCGGUUCCCACUGAAGAACCUUACUCAGGGAAUGACGAGAAAAUCAAUUUGAGUUAUGUCGAUAGCGAGACCUUCGUGGGCGAUGUCUACGAAGAUCUCCGUGCGAUUGACUUGGGUGACGACGGAAAAGAGAGACCCAUCGUAACUGCCAACGACUGGAGCCUUCGGCUGAUUUCUCUCGAAGACGAUCCCACACUUCCCGUGUGGACUUUACGCCUAUGGUUUCUAUCUAUUGGUCUAUCCUGCUUCGGUGCCGUUCUCAGUGAGAUUUUCGCCUUUCGCCCGCAAACUGUCUACGUCAGUCAACUCUUCCUCCAGACCGCCGCGUUCAUCCUCGGUAAAAUUAUGGAAGAACUUCUGCCAGGACCUCUGAAUCCUAGAUUCCCCACCCAAAAUAACGCUUUUUGGAGGUUCAUCAAUCCCGGAAGAUUCAAUAUCAAAGAACACGUCGGAAUCGUCAUCAUGUCUGCAGCUGCUACUCACGGCGCACUCGCAAUCAAUAUUUUCGCCGCUGAUGAUUUGUUCUACAAUGUCACAAUGAAUCCGGCUAUUGCGAUUUUUACGUUGCUUGGGAGUCAACUCUUGGGAUAUGGGUUGGGUGGCAUGAUGCGUGGAUUUUUGGUCUACCCCACAAGCAUGGUGUUCCCAAACUUGAUUCCUACGAUUCAGAUGUUCGAUGUUUUGCACCGAGGUCAUGAUAACCAGUUGCAGAAGAAGCGAGUGAAGUUUUUCUGGACCCUUUUCAUCAUCAUCUUCUUCUGGCAAUGGAUCCCAGAGUAUUUCGCUCCGCUACUCACAGGACUCUCCGUCUUUUGCCUGGCACGUAAGAACAGCGCCUGGGUCACGCGUAUCUUUGGAGGUGCAGCUGGGAACGAAGGUCUUGGUCUCUUUUCACUCUGCUUCGAUUGGAACUACGUCGGUAGCGGAGGCUCGGCUUACGGUGCUUUAUUCCAACCUAUACAAACCCAGCUUUCUCUGUACACCGGGGUUCUGAUUUGCAUUAUAAGUUUCUGUGCAGUGUAUGCAAAUAAUGUCUGGAACGCCAAGAACUUCCCUUUCUUAUCUCAACUUCUAUUCUUCGAGAAUGGCACGGAGUAUGACCAAACGCUGAUUCUCAAUGACGAUUUCACUCUGAACGAAGAUAAACUUGCUGUUGUCGGGCUUCCCUGGUACACCGCUACCCAGACUGUAUCGAAAAUUGGCGCAAGUUUGUCGUUCGGUGCAACUAUCACUCAUAUCAUCGUUUGGCAUGGUAAAGAACUUUGGGAGGCAUUGUUGGCGGCUAGGGCUGGUACAGUGGAAGAUGAUGAAGGCGCGUUGUUAUUUGCUUCACUUUUGGAGAUGCUCAUUGUUCACCAGGUAUACAAAGAGGUGCCUUUCUGGUGGUACACCGCCAUGUUCGUAGCAUCUAUGGCAAUAUCGAUAGCUACAAACUACACCGGAGAAUCAGAACUGCCUUGGUGGGCGUUCUUUAUUUCCGUUGGAUUCGCUGCAUUCUUUUUGCCCAUCAUCUCUGCGUUGUAUGCUAUCCUCUGCUUCGUUCCAGGUACCGAGGAUGUAGCUCGAAUGCUCGGCGCGGCACUCGUCCCUGGAAGACCUCGUGCAAACAUGUACUUCACUCUCUACGCGUACAACUCGACCGAGCAAGGUCGCUCUAUGACCCGGGACUUGAAGAUGGGUCAAUAUACAAAGCUUCCUCCCCGCGUUACCUUUACGAUGCAAUGUCUUGGUGCUGUCAUUGGCGCUCUUCUCAACUACCUCAUUAUGAAGAUCGUCAUUGCGAGCAACCGUGAGAUCCUUCUGAGUGUGCAAGGGACCAAUGUGUGGUCAGGAGCAGCGAUCCAAAGCUUCAAUAGUGAUGCUAUCUCGUGGGGUGCUCUUGCUAAACAACUUUAUUCGCCGUCCGGACGUUAUGGGAUUGUACCGAUAUCUAUCUUGAUCGGAUUGGCCGUUCCCAUUCCUUUCUGGCUCCUUCACCGGAAAUGGCCCAAAGCGCGUUUCGACUCGAUAAUCACUCCGAUGAUCACUGUAGAGAUUGGAUAUCUAGCGGGCGGCAUCAACUCCUCUGUCUUCAACACCUUCCUCCUCUGUAUUUUCAGUCAGUUCUUUAUUAGAAAGUACCAUCCUAGAUGGUUUCGGAAAUACAAUUUCCUGCUCUCUGCUGCUCUUGACGGAGGCACCGAAGUCAUGGUCUUUGUGUACUCUCAAACACUGACCGUCAAUGUUCGCGAUAAUAUCAUGAAUAGCUUUGCUGUCGGCGGAGCAGGUGGACGCGUUGUAGACUUUCCUAACUGGGCUCUCAAUCCGGUCGGGAACCCGGAUUACUGUAAACGUCUGACAUGA